UCCUUCGCUGCACCGGGCUGACAGACAGACCGCAGCGCCGCACAGGUGUAGUCCGCAGCAGCAGCAGCCGCUCUCCGUCUCCUCCUGCAUCUCCACGGGGAAUCCAUCCCAUCACAACCCGCUCCCUCACCUCAGCGCUCCCAUCCCGUCUGCGAGGAUGAUACCUGCGUCCCUGUCGGUGCUGGUGCUGAUGCUGCAGUCCGUCUAUUCCCAGAACGCGGGUUUUGUGAAGUCGCCUCUGUCCGAGACUAAGCUCACGGGCGACACCUUCGAGCUGUACUGCGACGUGGUGGGUAACCCCACCCCGGAGAUCCAGUGGUGGUACUCGGAGAUCAACCGAGCGGACUCUUUCAGGCAGCUGUGGGACGGCGCCCGUAAGCGGCGGGUGUCCAUCAACACGGCGUACGGGGUGAACUCGGUGAGCGUGCUGGGCGUCUCGCACCUCACGCUGGACGACGGCGGGACCUACGAGUGCCGGGCCAGCAAUGACCCGCGGCGCAACGACCUCCACCAAAACCCGGCCACCACCUGGAUCCGAGCUCAGGCCAGUGUCACGGUGCUGCAAAAGCCGUUGAUCUACGCCUCGGAGCACGUCACCAUCGUUGGGGAGAUGGACAGCAUCCUGCUGGAGUGCAACCUCACCAGCUACGAGAGCACCUUCCAGGGCUGCUACUGGAUGAAGAACGGGGAGGUGAUCUCGGAAAUAAGCCCCUCGCCCAAGACGGAGUACACGCUGAACAGGCCGAGAGGAGACAACGCCGGAGUGUACAUGUGUGUCUUCAACUUUAACAUGGCUCCAUCCGCCAACGCCUCCAUCGAAGUUAAAUCUCCUCCCAUGGUAACCGGCCACAAGCGCAGCGAGAACAAGAACGAGGGCCAACGCGCCGUCCUCUACUGUAAAUCUGUGGGGUAUCCUCACCCUGUGUGGACAUGGCACAAGAUGGACAACGGCGCUUUCAGGGAUAUCGACAACUCGACCGGACGCUUCUUCAUCAGCAGCCGGGACAACUACACCGAGCUCCACAUCGCCAACCUGGACAUCAGCUUAGAUCCGGGCGAGUACGUGUGCAACGCCACCAACAUGUUCGGCAGCUACAACGAGAAGUCGGUGCUGAGGGUCCGCAGCCACCUGGCCCCCCUGUGGCCCCUGCUGGGAGUGUUGGCCGAGAUCAUCAUCCUGGUCGUCAUCAUCGUCGUCUACGAGAAGCGCAAGAAGCCGGAAGAUAUGCAAGACGAUGACGACCUAGGUGGACCAGUGAAAACUAACUCAACCAACAACCACAAAGACAAGAAUCUCCGCCAGAGGAAUACAAACUGAGCAGCCCGUCUGCUGAAUCUCAUUACUCAUGUAUUGACCAUAUGAAGGUAGACAAGAAUGGACUCCAUAGCAGUUGUUAAUAAGAUGUAUCUGCCAUUAAAAGUAUGUUUGUGGGGCAAGUAAAUGAGGCAUGCCUUAUAAUUUUCUUUUGUGACGUGAGGAGAUACUCAAACCAUGAUGGAAUUGUUCGCAUUAUAUCCACUGUUGCUGCAUGCAGUUGUUGACAUUUUUGAUUUCUCUUUUUUCUUAUACACUACUUUUACAUUUUUAAUACUUCUAAAGUAAUGCAUGCAAGAAUACAGUCGUCUGUUUGAUACGGAUAUGGCUUAUUUUGUUUCGUUCCUCAGAGAGUGGCUUCAUGUAGAAAACGUACUGUGAAAAACAAAAGAUCUCUCUAAUCCGGUAUGACAGAUGUGUACAGUUUUAUCAUUCCGCUGCAUACCAUUUCAUUUGAUCAAAUAUAUAUAUAUAUAAAUAUAUAUCACAUUUUAAGGGCUUUGCAAUGUCCCUCUAAAAUUGGUUAAAGUUUACUUUACUGUAUGUACUGUAUGUAUUAAAUCACUAUAACUAUGUAUCAGAUCACCAUUAAUAGAGAGAAUAUUCAUAUUAUAAAAAGCACUUAAAUGUUAAGAAUAAUGAAAAUCUGUAUAAAACUA